GAGGUAUUUUGCAGAAUGGUACUAACCGUAGUAAACUUACAUUCCUUAAAUUAUCAAUUAGAAGUAAACGUAAACAAAGUAGUGCUAAAUUUCCUUUUAACUCUUCCUCGUGGGGUGCAAGUGUCUCAGUCCGAGUUCCAGCAAAGCAGAGAAAUGUCGAACCAAGAUAAAUCAUAUUUUCCGCAUUUUGCCACGAAGUUAUUGCACGAGGGUCAGGAGCCUGAAAAAUGGAACUCUCGAGCGGUUAUACCACCAAUUUCAUUGGCCACUACAUUCAAACAAGACAGUCCCGGAGUCCAUAGGGGAUAUGAAUACUCACGAAGUGGCAAUCCUACCAGAGAAUGCUUUGAACAAUGUGUUGCAUCAAUGGAAGGAGGAAAAUAUGGUCUGGCAUUUUCUUCUGGACUUGGAGCCAGCACAACUAUGAUCACCUAUCUAGAGGCUGGUGCUCAUGUCAUUUGCAUGGAUGAUGUUUAUGGAGGCACCAAUCGUCUGUUUUCGAAAGUCUUGUCAAAACAUGGCAUCAACUUUGAUUUCAUUGAUAUGAGAGAUCUUGCUUUGGUUGAAAAGCAUAUUAAACCAGGAGUAACCAAGUUACUGUGGAUUGAAACUCCUACAAACCCCACAAUGAAGAUAGUUGAUAUUGAAGCCGUGGCUGCUAUUGCACAUAAAUAUGAAGAUAUCACAGUUCUUGUAGACAACACAUUUAUGUCACCAUAUUUCCAGCGUCCUUUAAUUUGGGGUGCUGAUGUCGUCUUGCAUUCAGUAACAAAGUACAUCAAUGGUCAUAGCGAUUGCGUUAUGGGAGUCAUGGUUAUGAAUGAUGAGAAGUUGUACGAAAAACUGAAGUAUUUGCAAAAUGCUGCUGGUAUCGUUCCCAGUCCUUUUGAUUGUUACCUUGCCAACCGAGGUGCAAAAACAUUGCAUGUCCGCAUGGAAAGACAUCAACAAAAUGCUAUCGCCAUCGCGAAGUUUCUGGAGAAGCAUCCAAUGGUGGAGUCAAUUACAUACCCUGGACUUGAAUCUCAUCCGCAGUACAAACUCAUUCAAAAGCAGUGUCGUGGCUACAGUGGAAUGAUUUCUUUUACCAUAAAAGGAAACUUGGAAACAGCGAAAGCUUUUUUGAAGGCAGUAAAGAUCUUCUAUCUUGCUGAAAGUUUGGGUGGUUUUGAAAGUCUUCUUGAACAUCCAGCAAUCAUGACUCAUGCAUCGGUUGAACCGGAGGACCGUAAAAAACUUGGAAUUUCCGACACAUUCAUUCGGCUCUCGGUUGGUUUGGAAGAUGUGGAAGAUCUCAUUGAAGAUUUAGACAAUGCUUUAAAAGCAGCUCAAAAUGUUUAAAUACACGAAUGUCGUAAAAAUUGAACGGAAAAAUAAAGACGAAGAGAAGACUUAUUUAUGCAUGACUUAACGAUUAUAUUUAUUUUGUCGACUUUUUUACUCAAAUUUUCAACUAAAUAUGUUUAAAAAAAAAACUUGUUUCCUCAGAGAACGAAUUUUUUUAAAAAAUUUUUUUUUAUAUUUUAAGUAAGUGCAAGUUUUAUUUUUAAUAAAAUGUUUAUGCAUUUUAUAAAUUUUACACACAUAUAAAUGGAAAUAAAUCAAGCAAUAGUCUAAUCUAACGAA